AAAACGACCGGCAAAUUUAGCGGAUCUCAGUGAGUUUCGAAAUAAAAUUUCACGUCUCAGUUAGAAUGAGCUUAGAUUUAAGCGAGAGUUUGAGGCGAGAAGACCUUGCAAAAUAUUCACACAAUUUGGACAAUUAUUGACAAUAACAACACAAGUGAAAGUCGAAGAAAAAAACUUCAAAACUUUUUCAAAAUAAUAUACUAAAUAAUUGAAAAGUUUUUGUAUACAUAAAAAUAAAGAAAGAAAGCAAGUGCUGUAUAAAGUAGUGCGCGUUAGUGCAAAAAGACUUACUGCAAAAGUGCAAAUUAAUUGGCAAAGUAAAAACAGAAAUGAGUUUGCAAAGAACAUUAUUGGCUGUGCUGCUUAGUUAUGCCGCAAUGGAUACACUAAUUGGUCCACAGGCUGUGCAGGGCUUUGCACUCGGUCAAUCGAAGUACGGACGCAUCGAGAAGUUCCCCUACCAAGUGAUGCUGAUCGGCAAACAGUUGUGGCGCAAGCGCAUACUCUGCGGCGGCACGCUGCUCGAUCAACGCUGGAUACUAACCGCUGGCCAUUGCACCAUGGGCGUCACACAUUUUGACAUCUACUUGGGCGCGCUCACCAUCGAAGAUGGCGCCGAAACGGGACGCUUGGUGCUGCGCUCGAAUAAAUUCAUUGUGCACGAAGGCUUCAAUCCCGACACAGCGGCCAAUGAUAUCGCGCUCGUUAAACUGCCCAUAGAUGUAGCUUACACAGCGCGCAUACAACCCGCAACGCUGCCAUACCUAAGGCGCAACGACGCGCUGACCGGCGCCAAAGUCGUCGCUACCGGCUGGGGUGCCAACAAUGAGAUGUCCAACUACAACCCCAUGCAAUACACCGAACUGCGUGUGAUCUCCAAUCAGGAGUGCGCCAAUGAAUUCGAUGUGGUGACAAACGGUGUGCUGUGUGCGAAAGGCUUGCGCGACGAAACCGUCUGCUCCGGCGACUCUGGCGGUCCACUCGUACUGAAGAAUACGCAAACUGUCGUUGGUAUUACGAGCUUUGGACCCGCCGAUGGCUGUGAGACAAAUAUACCCGGUGGCUUCACGCGCGUCACACACUAUUUGGAUUGGAUCGAAAUGAAAACGGGCCGACUCGGACAAAACAUGCAUGAAGUGCCACAACAAACCGCGCAGAUGCAGCGACUGCAGCCGGUGUCACAGCGCGCACAAGCGCUCAUGCGCAAAGCUGUGAGACUCAACGAGAAUGUGGUCUAACUUAGGGCGCCAGUAGGCGUGUGGGUGGGGAAUUGCGAAAUUUUCAAGGGAAGAAUUUCGAAAAAUUCACGUCUUUUGACUGACUGAAAACAAAGCUUUAACUAGUGAUUUUUAACUCGUAUUUAUUAUUAACUAUAAAGAAAUGUGUAAAUACUCAUGUUAGAAAGGAAGAUAUUUUUUAAGAAAAACAAGACGAGUGUUAGACAAUGGCGCGCUCGGCUUGAGCUGCAUAGCGCUCAGGCGCCCGCAAGUGAUUCACUCGUGAAAGUGCUUUGACGCAAAAUACCGUUUGCAGCGCGCACAGUCGACACAAGCGCGCUCGCGUGUGUGUGUGUGACAAACGGGACUCGUUCGACGCGUUUUUUCAAGCGCCUAGUUGCUGGCGGGCGUCAUUAAAAUGAGAGCAAUUUUAAGCGAUUUUAAGUGAAAUGGUUUAUGAAAUAAGCCACAUACACAUGCAUACUUACGUUUAAGUAAUAUAUUGUACUACGAAUUGGAAGAUUGUGAUAUUUGUGAAUAGUGUUUAAUAGCAAAAAUUAGGUGCAGGUGUGCCUGCGUGUGUGUGUAUACGUGAUUUAUGUUCAACUUAAAAAAA